AUGAUCGACCUUGAAGCGGGCAGUGCCAUUGCUACUGCCUCGGGGCUGGAGGAUAUGACAGCCCUCAAAGCCGCGACGGAGGCUGUUGAGGCUGUAGAGGCUCCGACCGAUGUACCUUCCCAUCGAUCGCAUGAUCCGGCCAAGAGCUUGAAGCGGAGCGAUCCCUUCCAGUUCGGCAGCCGUUAUCUGGAGGCCGGAGACGAUGUCUUCGAGUUUAAUGCAUGGGACCACGUUGAGACUGACGAUGCGUACAAAGUGUAUACUGAGGAGCAGUUAGAAAAGCAGCGUCAGUCUCCCGUCUCCGAUUUUGACAAGAACAGGUUCAACUCAAAUCCGGCCAUGUGGUGGAACAAAUUCUAUAAAAACAACACGUCCAAUUUCUUCAAAGACCGCAAGUGGCUGCAGCAGGAGUUUCCCAUAUUGGCAGAUAUAACCAAAGAGGACUCUGGCCCGAAACUCAUCUUGGAGGUUGGUGCGGGAGCGGGUAAUACUGCUUUCCCUGUGCUGGCCAACAAUAAGAAUCCCCACCUGAAAAUCCAUGCCUGCGAUUUUUCUAAGCAAGCCGUAGAAGUCAUGCGCAAUAACGACGCUUAUGAUACCAAACACAUCCAAGCCGACGUCUGGGAUGUUUCUGGAGAGAGCCUCCCGCCUGACGUUGAAGAAGGAACUGUAGACGUGGCCAUAAUGAUUUUCGUAUUCUCUGCCUUGUCUCCCCGCGAAUGGGCACAGGCAGUGCGGAACAUUUAUAAAGCUCUGAAGCCUGGAGGCCUGGUCUGCUUCCGGGACUAUGGAAGAGGUGAUCUAGCCCAGGUACGCUUCCGAAAAGGACGCUACCUGGAAGAAAAUUUUUACAUUCGUGGAGACGGUACUCGCGUGUAUUUCUUUGACAGGGAUGAACUCGCAAGCAUCUGGUCUGGACCGGACGCUACUGAAAACUCGGAAGAGGCUGACGUGCCACGAUUUACGAUUGAGAAGCUCGGCGUUGACAGACGGCUGCUGGUUAAUAGAGCUGAGAAGAUAAAAAUGUAUCGCUGCUGGCUGCAGGGGCGCUUUAGAAAAGAAUAG